CUUUGCACGGGUGAGGGAGAUGGAAGAAACUCAAAUUUUGUUCUGGUGCCAAAGUACCAGACUGAGCCUGCUGAUAACUGUGGGGAGAGAAGACAACUGGACUCCAAGUGGAAAAGGGAUGGAACUUUCAACAAAAAACAAGAGGAGGACUGGGAAUGGCUAAGGAGGUCGCUGCAAGAGUACAGCAUCCAAGAAGAUCUUGCAGCAGGGAACCAAGCCAGCAUGAUGGGGAGGCAGCAGUCAUGCCAAGAGCUGCGGGAGAGCAGGUUGACACAGGGAGCAGUAGUGAGCUGCUUGGGUCGGGGCAGCUGGCAGAGACUCCUCUGCUGGCCCAAGCCCUCCCUAUGCCCUGGGACAAACUUAUCCUCUUAAUCCUUAUGCCAUGUUAUACAGUGGGAUGCUAAUUUUAGUCCAGAGUGUGGUGGGACAUCCAAAGGCAUUUGGUUUGGUUUCUACUAAUUAAGUAUGAAAAUGAAAAUGCCCCAAAGGGAGGGAAAGAUGCCAAGAGAAAAGGGAUAAGAGGAGCCUCAGUCCCGCUGUCCCUGACACACCAUGACCUCUGGAGUCCUAUUUCUUCAUCCUGGUUUAAUAUUAACCCAGGCGGGCUGUGACUCCGCUUAUUCUGCUUCCUUUGCAUUUCCUCUGCAGCCAGGGCUGUACAGCAUGGCACACAGCAAAACCACUAUGCUGCAGGGCCUGCUCCUUUUCAGCCUUCUGCACCCCAUCUUGAGCCAUGACGGAGUUUUCCUGGAAAAGGGGCAGGCACUGUCACUGCUCAAGCGUCCACGACGUGCCAACAAGGGAUUUCUGGAAGAGAUGAUGAAAGGAAACCUGGAGCGAGAGUGCCUGGAGGAGAUAUGCAAUUACGAGGAGGCCUUUGAAGCCCUUGAAUCCACUGUUGACACGGAAGCAUUUUGGGCAAAAUACCAAGUAUGUCAGGGCAUAAAAAUGCCUAGGACAACUCUGGAUGCUUGUCUAGAAGGUAACUGUGCUGUUAAUCUGGGCCAGAACUAUCGAGGGACAAUUAACUACACCAAAUCAGGCAUUGAAUGUCAAGCGUGGACAAGCAAAUAUCCACAUAUACCUAAAUUUAAUGCCUCCAAUUAUCGUAACCUCACUGAGAACUACUGCAGAAACCCAGACAACAACCCAAAAGGUCCAUGGUGCUACACACGAGACCCAACAGUGGAACGGGAGGAGUGCCCCAUUCCAGUAUGUGGUCAAGAAAGGACAACAGUCGAGUUCACUCCACGGGUCACACCAUCAACCACAGCACAGCCUUGUGAAUCAGAGAAAGGCAUGCUUUACACAGGGACGCUUUCAGUCACUGUGUCUGGGGCUAGGUGCCUGCCAUGGGCCUCAGAGAAGGCCAAAGCAGUGCUCCAAGACAAAACCAUUAAUCCAGAGGUGAAGCUGCUGGAGAAUUACUGUCGGAACCCUGAUGCAGAUGAUGAGGGUGUCUGGUGUGUAAUAGAUGAACCACCAUACUUUGAAUACUGUGACCUGCAUUACUGCGACAGCUCGCUAGAGGAUGAGAAUGAACAGCUGGAGGGAAUAUCGGGACGUACUGUCUUUCAAGAGUUCAAAACCUUCUUCGACGAAAAAACUUUUGGUGAAGGCGAAGCAGACUGUGGCACUCGCCCUUUAUUCGAAAAGAAACAGAUAACAGAUCAAAGUGAGAAGGAGCUGAUGGACUCCUACAUGGGAGGCAGAGUUGUACAUGGGAAUGAUGCAGAAGUUGGAAGUGCCCCCUGGCAGGUGAUGCUCUACAAAAAGAGUCCUCAAGAGCUGCUGUGUGGUGCCAGCCUCAUCAGUAACAGCUGGGUCUUGACUGCUGCUCAUUGCCUUCUUUAUCCACCUUGGGAGAAGAACUUGACUACAAAUGACAUUUUGGUGCGGAUUGGCAAGCAUUUCAGGGCAAAAUAUGAAAAGAAUAAAGAGAAAAUUGUUCUGUUGGAUAAAAUCAUCAUCCAUCCCAAGUACAACUGGAAAGAGAACAUGGACCGAGAUAUUGCACUCCUGCACCUGAAGCGACCGGUCAUCUUCAGCGACUACAUCCAUCCUGUCUGCUUGCCUACCAAGGAGCUUGUGCAGAGGUUGAUGCUGGCAGGUUUCAAAGGGCGGGUAACUGGCUGGGGAAAUCUGAAAGAAACAUGGGCCACUACCCCAGAAAACCUGCCAACAGUUCUGCAACAGCUCAAUCUACCUAUUGUAGACCAAAACACCUGCAAGGCAUCCACCAGGGUUAAAGUUACUGACAAUAUGUUCUGCGCUGGUUACAGUCCUGAAGACUCAAAGAGAGGAGAUGCUUGUGAAGGGGACAGUGGGGGGCCUUUUGUGAUGAAGAACCCAGAUGACAACCGUUGGUAUCAAGUGGGAAUAGUUUCAUGGGGAGAAGGCUGUGACCGAGAUGGCAAAUAUGGAUUUUAUACUCACGUAUUCCGCCUGAAAAAAUGGAUGCGAAAAACCAUUGAAAAACAAGGAUAGAAGAGCUUCCCUUGCUUGUUCUCAGUUCUGUUACAAUAUUCCACUUCUUAAAAACAUACACAUUGAAAAAUCUUGAAAGAGGAGUUAAAUCCCUGCAACUUGACAAAGGAACGUGUUCCUCCUUGAAAAUAAAAAUUCUCAACUAUCUUCUUCCUCGUGUUCAUGCUAAGCUGAACAGCACCUGAAUCCAUGCCAGCACAAUAGCUAGGAGCACCAACACAACAGCACCAGCAGUACCGCUAGUUAAGAUGUUGCCCUUCAGAUGUUCUCCACUCUAUCAGCAGUAACAAUCAACAGAUUUCAGACUUCAGAUGAUGGACUUAAGUCACAGUAAGCAAGACCUCCCGCUGUCCAUUCCCCCCUUCAGUUGAACUCAUUUUCUGUUCUAGAAAUCUGAAAUAACAAACUGGAGAUAUCUACACCUUACAGGAACUGUAGCAUUAUUCAAAAUGCCACUUCGAGAAUAAAGCAACUAUAGCCUUUGUUGCUAAGGCAGACAUUGUUCUCAGCCACAACAGUAGCAACAAAAUACCAGCACUGCUCCUUAUAAAGUUAGUGUCUUAAGUUAAAGAGUCAUCUACGUGUAACUAAUGAUGUACAGAAACAGGGGUUUGAACAGAUGAAGUAACACAUGCAUUUCUGCAUAGCAGUAACUUUCUAUAUGGCAAAUACUGCUGGGACCUGGAAGUAUAUUUUCCGCUGGCUUAACUAGAUUCAGAAGGAAACAAUUUCUACACACACAAUUUUCUAAGGUCUUCCAAAGGCAGCAUCUGGCACUGUACCUAUUUUGUUCCUAUAAAACUGUUUAGGAUCCCUCCUUAAAAGAAGCCCCACUUCUGUGUCUUUGCUCCAGCGUUCAUGAAAGAAGUACAGUAGUAAACGUAUUAUAUAGACUAGCCAAUCUGUUCAGACCAAUUUUCUCUCGAAGUAAUGAGGGAUUUGGAAGCUAUCUUUGCUCCCCAAAACAUCAUAUUCUCAAAUUCUCAAAUCCCUCAUCCUUCACAGUGCCAUCAAGUUACAGAAACAGGCAAUAGAUAAAGUUGCUUCUGCUUCAAAUGGAGUAUUAAAGACAGAGAAUGGCUUGGAAAAAAGAUGAUAGAGACAACUAUCCAAAAUUUGUUGGAAAUAAAUGAAGUUAUCAAUCAGUUACUGUGUUUUGCUACCUCACUGAAAUUGGCUUAUUUAGGAAUCAACUGAGGACAGCCCAUUUUGAUUGCCCAAGAAAGUACGAAAACAACCUCUCAAAGGUAUCUGAGAAAACCAACCUCAAAUGCUCAAGUUCCACAACUGUUUCAAGUCAUUGAUAACCACAGGCAUUGAAAAAUGAAAAUCCUCCUAAUGCUCAAAUUUUAUAGCCUCAUCCUAUUCAGAACUAUAAUUUGAGAGAAACCUGGAGGACUUAUGGAGAAUCAGGAUCAUACAACUUCUGGAGUAAGUCACUGUUAAUGCAGACUUAUUACAAACAAUACAGAGGAAUCAUUUUUAAAAUUCAGUUUAAUAUUAUUUAAAUAUUUUUCUGGGCUAAAGAUUAGGCUUUAUUAAUUUAUGUGCACAAGUUUUAGUUUAGAACUCCCAGGAUAUUGAGUCCAACCAAACACUACAAAGACACAGGGCAAAAAACUCAUUCAUAGUAAACAACUAUAUCUUCUUCUACUCAUUAUUCCUGUACUUCACUUCCAAAUCAGUUUAAAGUCUAAAAUAGUUGUUUAAAAUAGUAGUAUGCAAGUUCGCAGGCAUUGCCGCUUUAACAUCCUGAACUAAUUAACAAACAGCUCUUCAGAAUGUCUAUUAGAUAUGGUACAGUAAAUAAAAAUAUGGAUUCAUUUAUAUGUUAGUAAUUGUUUCAAAAAGCAGCUGGUAACUUAGAGGUAGUGGCAGUAACUCCAAUGACAUCCAAACAACUAUUUGCCAAUAGCCCAAGUGCACAAAACUUUUGCACUUUUCAACAAUGGCCAAAACUUCCUCUUGCCAUUUAGGUCUGUUUAAUAAAAGGGCAUGACCGCUUCAGGUCAGCAUAGGAGACCGCAACUACUGAAUCAAAGCAGGGUGAAGCAAUGAAGGGCAUCAUGUUAGUUAACACAGGAUGAAGACUGCUCACAAGUUACCUGCUAUCACAGUGCAUAAACUCACCACAAGCACCAAGCAGUAUUACACAUCCACUGUAACCCCAGCCAAAGGAAAAUUGCAGCCAUUUGCAGCAGCUCUGGCAUUGAUCUGUUGUACACAUACUGAUUUAAAACCAAGUUUUCACUGUAAUCAGGCAAGAUUGAUUCAGCUACAGCCCAAAUGCUGAGACUCCCGCGGUGCCCAGAGCAAACAACAAAAGCAGCAGUUACAUGGAGCCAAGAUUAGAACCCAGAGUAACAAAAUGCUGCUUUAAGCCUGCCUGUCCAACUCUUCAAUAGCUCUGUUCUAGCUAUGGAACAGAUGUGCAAUUUAUUCUUCACAACCAGCUCACACAUGGCAGUGAAGGAACAAAGUGAAAACAUCACCUCCUGAGAGAGAUGAAAGGGCUAGGAAGGCUACACAGUGUAGGUCUUUAAGCUUUCAUACUUGCUGCUUCUGAAGAAGGCUACUCAGAAUACGCUCCUCACUCAAAAAGCAGUUGACUACAGCUUUUGAAGACUAGCACUAGUAGGCGUUUUCUAGUUAUACAAUACAGGAGGGUUUGCUAACAUUAGAUGUUUAAGUGCAACUGAAUAUGGUGCUGUGGUCUACUUGCAUUUGAAAACUCCAUUAGGAAGACCACUUAAUCAAAUGAGUUCAGGAUAAAUGAGGCCACUGACUGUACAUCACUGCUAAUCUAUUUCUUAUCAACAGCAGCACACUCCCUCAAAGAGAAAGCAUUUAUACACAGAAGGGACUAUGCUUCAUCCAGGUAGAGGCAAUACAAGGAUUAGUAAUUUAAAAUAAGCAUGUCAGCAAACUAAAUAUUCUCGACUUACUUGCAACUUACGGAAACCAUAGUCCAAAACAAAAACCAGCAACUACAUGGAAAAAUACACUACUGCUUAUAGAAGAGUGCAAAGUCUCAGGACUGCAACCCAGAGAUAGUAUAUUCACUCAUCUUCCCUAUAAAAUAUCCAAGCUUUAGGUUCAUUUCAAGAAUAGCUUAGUUCAAUUUCUAGAUGCCCAGUCACUAACAUUCAGGAAUAGACAGCAACUUCUCUCACCAGCAGUCACUGCUGUUCCUAUAAAGACUGGUAUAGUUAAUGCAAACUUUAUUUACAAAAGACACUUAAAUUAGUUACUUCAUGCCAUGUGUCCAUAUAGAAUCAACAGUUCAAGGAUUACAUGGAGAAGAAUUCACAAAAUUAAAAGUGAAAUCACUGAAGAUUUUUCUAAGAGUUAAGAACUAGGAAAAAAGAUCUUGAAGACAAUAUUACAAAUAAAAAAAACAGGUUAUGAGAAACUAGUCUGAGCAAGAGGAUGGUUGUUUACAGGUCUGUACACUAAAACUAAUACACAGACAGCCUUCUAUUGUCAAGAGAUGCUCACUGAGAAGCAGAUUAUGUACAAAUACUUGUGCCACAAUGACCCAGUCCCUCCAAAAUCCACUGUAUUAUACAUAAACCAGUUUGUAUACAUCAGGCCUAAACGAGGCCAUUUAACUAUGAAGACUUCUAGUUUAGUAAACUAAAGCUGAAGACAGCAACCGUGACGCUGCCU